CCCCCCGGAAAGCGCCGUGGGCAGGCCGAGGAAAUACAAAGGCCAGCGCGGGCUCCCGCUAGCCCUGGGUAGGCAGACUCGCAGUAUGACCCAGUCGGUGGUUGUACAGGUCGGCCAGUGCGGAAACCAGAUCGGCUGCUGUUUCUGGGACUUGGCGCUCAGGGAGCACGCUGCGGUUAACCAGAAAGGAAUCUAUGAUGAAGCAAUAAGCAGCUUCUUUAGAAAUGUGGAUACCAGAGUGGUUGGUGAUGGUGGCAGUAUUUCCAAGGGGAAAAUUUGUUCUUUAAAAGCACGAGCUGUCUUGAUUGACAUGGAGGAAGGGGUAGUAAAUGAAAUUCUGCAGGGACCUUUGAGAGAUGUAUUCGAUAGCAAGCAGCUCAUCACGGACAUUUCUGGCUCAGGGAAUAAUUGGGCUGUGGGGCACAAAGUCUUUGGCAGUCUUUAUCAAGAACAGAUUUUAGAGAAACUCAGGAAGUCAGCAGAGUACUGUGAUUGUUUGCAGUGUUUUUUUAUAAUACAUUCCAUGGGAGGAGGAACAGGAUCUGGACUUGGCACAUUUCUUUUAAAGGUGCUUGAGGACGAAUUCCCAGAAGUGUACAGAUUUGUGACUUCCAUUUAUCCUUCUGGUGAGGAUGAUGUCAUAACUUCACCUUAUAAUAGCAUCUUGGCAAUGAAGGAACUCAAUGAGCAUGCAGACUGCGUGUUGCCCAUUGACAACCAAUCUUUAUUUGACAUCAUUAGCAAAAUUGACCUCAUGGUGAAUUCUGGAAAGUUGGGUACAACUGUAAAGCCAAAGAGUCUGGUUACUUCGAGUGCUGGGGCGUUUAAAAAGCGGCAGGGAAAGCCCUUUGAUGCCAUGAACAACAUUGUGGCAAAUUUGCUGCUCAACCUAACCAGCUCUGCAAGGUUUGAAGGAUCCCUUAAUAUGGACCUUAAUGAAAUCAGCAUGAAUUUAGUCCCUUUUCCUCAGCUGCACUAUCUCGUGUCAAGCCUAACACCUCUGUACACACUGGCAGACGUCCACAUCCCUCCUCGAAGGUUGGAUCAGAUGUUUUCAGAUGCCUUUAGUAAAGAUCACCAGCUAAUUCGGGCCGACCCCAAACAUAGUCUCUACCUCGCCUGUGCCCUCAUGGUCAGAGGAAAUGUCCAGAUUUCAGAUCUUCGCAGAAAUAUUGAAAGAUUAAAACCUUCUCUACAGUUUGUCUCCUGGAAUCAAGAAGGCUGGAAGACCAGCCUGUGUUCAGUACCUCCCGUGGGCCAUUGCCAUUCAUUACUAGCGUUAGCAAAUAACACAUGUGUGAAGCCUACCUUCAUGGACCUGAGAGAGAGAUUCAUGAGGCUCUAUAAGAAGAAGGCUCAUCUUCAUCACUAUCUGCAAAUUGAAGGGAUGGAGGAAAGCUGUUUCUCAGAAGCCGUGUCAUCUCUGUCAGCGCUCAUACAGGAAUACAACCAGCUGGACGCCACGAGAAGCCUGCCUGCAGAGGACCUGCCUAGACUGCGCGUAGCUGUGUGAAGCAAACCCGAAAGACACUUUCACUUCUUCGUUUCACGUUGCUUUUUUUGUCAUCUCACCUUUCUGUUUCAGAAUCUUUGUGAUUCAGAAAGCCUGGUUUGUGUUUUUCAUAUUAGGAAGUAUUUUCCUUGAGAGAGUUGUUUCAUUUCAUGACCAGUUGUUGGUAAUACCACUGUGUGAAAUUAGUAAAGUCCUAGUACCUUAACUUCAAAUAUUGUCUUCAGAAAAUUCCCUUUUUCUAAAAUUGAGAGAAUAGAGUCCUUCAGUGUUUUACUUUAUUUAUAAUCUCCUAUUUAGGCAUUUAUACAGUAAGAAUCAUGGCUUCAAUAAAAAUUUGUACAGAUAUAUUUUUACAUUUAUUUAUAAUUUAUGUUUUCAUACUCUGUUUAAAUUCUUAUUCUUUAAAAAUAAGUACAGGGAGUUGAAGACCACAAUAUAAAUAUUUCUAUGUAAUAUCCGCUAACUUCAGGGAUAGGUUUUAUUACAACGACUGUGGUUUUGUUUCUUCUUUGGGUAAUCUUGUUUGCAUUGCACUCAAAAGAAUCACACUUUACAUUUUUAGUAUAUAUUUGUUUUAAAUUAUUUUUAAGUCAUGCUUUUUUAUUAAGCUAGCUGAUUUUGUAAUAAUAAAUGUCCCUAUUUUUAAACAGUACUACUUGUUAUCAUUGUUUUGCUUGUCACUGUACAAAUGCACAUUAUAAAACUUGAUUUUAUCUUCCUCCAAACUUUACAGGAAAUGGUUGUCGUAGUCCAGUGAAAGCCUUCCAGUUACUAUAAUCUCCAGUUAUAAUCUUUAACAUUUAUUUGUUUUUAAUCACAAUUUAUAUUUCAAAUCCAUGUGUGGAUUUAUCAUUUCAGGAAAUAAUUUUUAGGAACAAAUUAUUUUCAAGCUGAAAUAAUUCAUUGUGUGCUUUCUUCAGUGUUUUUUAAGUUCCUUUUAUUUCAAAGUACGGAUACUCUUCUUGGUCCUUGUCUUGGAAAUUUUGUUUUUUAUAGUAUUUGGUAUAAAGACUUUAAAUUACAGUUGUCAAUGGGAGCCAGUGAAAUUUCAUUUUCUCCUUCCCAAAGAAAUCUUAAUGAACUGAUACUUAGUGUAGGGCAAUGGAAAUUAUAAAUACAUAUACAGUUUAAGCUUGCUCUUAUUUAAGAAUCAACCCAGAACUUUGCUUACCCUAUAAUGACUACAUCUGAGUGGUACCUCGGCUACAUUUUUGAAGCACAGAUAAAGUAUUAAAUCUUAAUAUGCUUUUUAUACAUCUUUAAAAUAUUCCAGAUUAUUUUACAAAAUAAAUGUUUUUUAUACCUUGUGUGGUUUUUCCAUUGCAUAUGGUAAAUGUAGGUGGAACAAAGGA